AUGGCGGAAGAUAUUGCCAUAGACAAGACGGUGUUCUUCGAUCACUUGUCCACCUUCUACAAUGCAUGGAAGGCGGACAAGCGAUCAGGGGCCGGUGUCUUUGGAGGAGUUGGUUCCAUUGUGAUUCUGAUGGGAAAGACAGACGAAUCAAAUGCCUUUCAAAAAGCCAACGCAAUUCAUUUUUGGCUUCUCGGCUAUGAAUUCCCUGCAACUCUUUUUGUUUUCACUACAGAGUCGAUGUACAUUGUGACAACGGCAAAGAAAGCAAAACAUUUGGAACCACUCAAAGGUGGCAAAAUUCCGGUUGAGAUUUUAGUCACAUCCAAAGAUCCUGCAGACAAGGCGAAGGCCUUUGCAAAGUGCAUAGAUGUGAUCAAAACUGCGGGCGGAAAAGUUGGGACAUUGUCCAAGGAUACAGCUCAAGGACCUUUUGCUGAAGAUUGGAGACGAGCUUAUGGGGAUGGACUGAAAGACAUUGAGGAAGUCGAUAUAUCCCCCGCCCUUUCCGUGGCAGCGUUAUCUGUUAAAGGGCCAGAGGAACUUGUCUCAAUGCGUAACGCAGCUAGGGCAUGCAGUGGUCUCAUGUCCGAAUAUUUCGUGGAUGAAAUGUCGCAAUUACUCGAUGAGGGUAAAAAAAUCACCCACAAAUCUCUGGCCAGUAAAAUCGAUGCCAAAAUCGAUGAUUCAAAAUUCUUCAAUAAGCUGGCGAAACUUCCACCCGGCUUUGACUCUCAACAAAUCGACUGGGCUUAUGGCCCUGUAGUUCAGAGCGGCGGAAAUUAUGACUUGCGCUUGACCGCAGUCGCUGACUCGAGUGAGCUUCAUCCAGGUAUCAUUGUCGCUGGAUUCGGUAUAAGAUACAAGACUUACAGCGCAAUAAUUGCCCGAACUUAUCUCGUGGAUCCAACCAAAGCUCAAGAGGCAAAUUAUGGUUUUCUCGUGAAUGUCUACGAGGCGGUCAUCAAGGACAUUCGAGAUGGCGUAGUAGCCAAGGAUGUAUACAACAAGGCGAUUGGUAUCGUUCGCACGAAACGUCCUGACUUGGAGAAGCAUUUCUUGAAGAACGUUGGCGCUGGUAUCGGGAUUGAAAUACGAGAUGCAAACAUGGUUCUCAAUGGAAAGAAUACUCGAACUCUUAAAAGUGGAAUGACUCUUUACGUCUCUAUUGGAUUAACUGAUAUCCAGAAUUCAGAUUCAAGAGAUAAAAAGAACUCAUCGUACUCCAUGGUCAUCACAGAUACCGUACGAGUUGGUGAAACGGGUGCCCACGUAUUUACCAAAGAUGCGGGUCUUGAUAUGGAUUCUGUUUCUUUCUAUUUCGGCGAUGAAGAAGAACCCGAGAAGGCUCCCAAGGAGAAAAGCGAUGCUAAAUCAAAUGCUACUGCAAGCAAGAACAUCACCAAGACAAAGCUGCGUGCAGAGCGGCCAACUCAGGUAAGUGAGGGUGCUGAAGCUCGCCGCCGAGAACAUCAAAAGGAACUCGCCGCCAAAAAGAUGAAAGAAGGUCUUGAGCGUUUCGCGGGCACCACCGGAGACGGAAAUGGUGUGGCUCAAAAGAAAUUCAAACGAUUCGAGUCCUACAAACGUGAUAACCAGUUGCCUUCUCGCGUAAAAGACCUGACAGUGCACGUUGAUCACAAAGCGUCAACAGUGAUUGUGCCAAUAAUGGGUCGCCCAGUGCCAUUCCACAUCAACACGAUCAAAAAUGCUAGCAAAAGUGAUGAGGGAGAAUAUGCUUAUCUACGUAUCAAUUUCCUCUCUCCGGGGCAAGGAGUUGGAAGGAAGGACGACCAGCCUUUUGAGGAUCCGUCAGCAAACUUUGUCAGAAACUUGACUCUGAGAUCCAAGGACAACAGCCGGUUUGCACAGAUUGCCCAGGAUAUAACAGAGCUUCGAAAAACUGCUUUGCGCAGAGAACAGGAGCGUAAGGAGAUGGAAGACGUUGUGGAACAAGACAAGCUUGUAGAGAUUCGCAACAGACGACCCAUCAAACUUCCUGAUGUUUACCUUCGUCCGCCGCUAGAUGGCAAGCGAGUUCCAGGAGAGGUCGAAAUACAUCAAAACGGUCUUCGAUAUCAAUCGCCUCUUCGAAACGAACAUGUUGAUGUUUUGUUCAGCAAUGUGAAACAUCUUUUCUUCCAACCAUGUGCUCAUGAACUUAUAGUCAUCAUUCAUGUGCAUCUCAAAACCCCAAUCAUGGUUGGUAAACGGAAGACAAAGGAUGUUCAAUUCUACCGUGAGGCCACCGAAAUGCAAUUCGAUGAAACUGGUAAUCGUCGGCGCAAACACCGCUAUGGGGAUGAAGAGGAGUUCGAAGCAGAGCAAGAAGAGAGAAGACGUAGAGCCGCUCUGGACAGAGAGUUUAAAUCUUUCGCUGAGAAGAUAUCUGAUGCCGGAAAGGAUGAGGGCGUAGAUGUUGAUAUCCCAUUCCGAGAAAUUGGUUUCAAUGGUGUUCCCAACAGAUCCAACGUCUUAAUCCAACCUACAACGGAUGCUAUUGUGCAGCUGACCGAACCACCAUUCUUAACCGUCACCUUGAAUGAGAUUGAAGUUGCUCAUCUAGAGCGCGUACAGUUCGGCCUCAAAAACUUCGAUCUUGUUUUUGUGUAUAAAGAUUUCAAUCGACCACCGGUUCAUAUCAAUACUAUCCCCGUCGAGUCGCUGGAAGGAGUAAAGGAUUGGCUUGAUUCUGUGGAUAUUCCCUUUACCGAAGGUCCAUUGAACCUAAACUGGAGUACAAUCAUGAAAACCGUUGUUAGUGAUCCUUAUGCGUUCUUUGCCGACGGAGGAUGGUCAUUCUUGGCCGCGGAAUCUGACUCGGAGGGUGGCUCGGACGAAGAGGAGGAAUCUGCCUAUGAGUUGUCGGAAUCUGAGCUAGAUGCGUCUGAGGAAAGUUCGGAGGACGACAGCGAUUUUGAUGAUAAUGCUAGUGCCGAAGCCAGUGAAGACCUCAGUAUGGAUGAGGAAAGUGGUGAGGACUGGGAUGAGUUGGAGAAACAGGCAAAGAAGAAGGAUAGGGAGAGUGGAUUGGAUGAUGAGCGCGGUAAAAAACGAAAGCGCUGA